AUGUCAUCUGUACAACAAGAUCCAGCAUGUCAUCUGUACAAUGUACUACAAGAUCCAGCAUGUCAUCUGUACAACAAGAUCCAGCAUGUCAUCUGUACAAUGUACUACAAGAUCCAGCAUGUCAUUUGUACAAUGUACUACAAGAUCCAGCAUGUCAUCUGUACAAUGUACUACAAGAUCCAGCAUGUCAUCUGUACAAUGUACUACAAGAUCCAGCAUGUCAUCUGUACAAUGUACUACAAGAUCCAGCAUGUCAUCUGUACAAGAUCCAGCAUGUCAUCUGUACAAUGUACUACAAGAUCCAGCAUGUCAUCUGUACAAGAUCCAGCAUGUCAUCUGUACAAUAGUCGUACCUUCUCCCAGAGGCUGCCUGUGAUCGGAGGGUGCUGUGUUCUGCCAUGGUGCCCCUCGUGUGAUCAGAGCAGUGUGUCGCCCCAGAGCUGCAGGCUGGAGUCUCCCCGGAGCACAGGGGCCCCUAAGAGGGAGGAUUCUGCGGGGACUCCCAGACAGACCUGCUUCCUCACCCCCAGACCCAGGGGCAGUCUCCGCAGGACGCCGCUGGGAAACCGAAAAAAUGUCAAUGCUGUGUUCAAGUCACCAGUUCAGCAACCUAAUAUCAGCCAGUCACCUGCAGGCGAUGAAGACGCUUUGGGAAAUGCCAUCUCGGAACUUGAGGAAAAAGAGGCCUCUCUGGAUAAAGAAAUGGCACAGCUCGAGGCCGAAGGCUACAGUCUAGCAGAAUUGGACAAGCAUAUCACUCUCCUUCAUGAAUACAAUGAGUUAAAAGAUACCGGACAGAUGUUGUUGGGCCACUUGGCUGUUGUCCGUGGCAUAACCACCAAAGACCUGUAUUCAGAGUUUGGCUUGGACUUGGAAGACUGAAGACAACCUCAGGAUUUUCAUUCUCCAUUCUGCUGCCCAUUGUGGAUUUCAUUAAAAAAACGACUUUCAAGUUUUCUACCUCCAUUUGGUUUGUUUGAAGACGAGGUGUUUGUUUUUGAUGCGUUUUAAAAAGAAGAUGCUGCUGGACCCGGUUCAAAUCUACAAUGCUUUAUUCGUUAUAUAAACGUUUUUUUUUUUUUUUUCUUUAUUGCAAUUUGGAACCCUGUGAUUUAUGCGCUUGAUAAAAAUACAACAACCAUUUCUGGUAUUUGCA